GUUACACAAGAUAGAAAAAGUUUGCAACUAACAAACUAGCAACAGGGGGUGCAGACCGUCUACGCAGGAGAAAAAAAAAAAGAAGAUAAAGAUAAAGAAAACAGAAGAGGAUCAAGCAAAACACACCACACAACAGAAAGAUGGAAGACCCAAUACAGUUAAAAGACGAGGGAAAUAAAUUCUUCCAGGCUGGAGAUAUUGACAAGGCCAUUGAAUGCUACACAAAAGCCAUCAAGGUGUGCAAGGACAAAAAGGUGCUGGCUGUCAUUCACAGGAACAGAUCUGCGUGCUACCUAAAAAAGGAAAACUACACCAGUGCAGCAUCUGAUGCAUCUAAAGCAAUUGAUGUUGAUGCAAAAGACAUUAAAGCUUUGUAUCGGCGAUGCCAGGCUCUGGAGAAGCUAGGAAAACUAGAUAUGGCGUUCAAAGAUGUGCAGAGAUGUGCUACCCUUGAACCAAAGAACAAGACCUUCCUGGAGACUCUCCGCAGGCUGGGGGCAGACAUCCAGGCCAAGCUCAAAACAACAUUCUCCACAGAUUCCAGGGUACAGAACAUGUUUGACAUUCUCCUUGAUGAAGAAAUGGAAAAGGACAAAAGGGAAAAAGCUGCCAAUAAUCUGAUUGUGCUAUCAAGAGAAGAUGCCGGAGCAGAGAGAAUCUUCCAGAACAACGGCGUACCACUGUUGCUCAACAUGAUAGAGACAGGCAAACCGGAGAUGAUUCUGGCUGCUGUUCGUACUUUGUCAGGGAUGUGCACAGGACACAAAGCUCGGGCCAUGGCUAUAAUUCACAUGGUGGGCAUUGAUAAGAUGUGCAGCAUCAUGGCUAUUGACAAUGAGGAGAUCGCACUGGCAACCUGCAACCUCUUCCAAUGCAUUAACGACUCCCUCACUGGUGGAGAUACAAGGGAAUAUGGGAAAGAAGAAGCCUUGGUUUUGGAUGCAGCUAAGGACCUGAAAACCAUUCUUCUCUCGCUGCUGGAGAUGGUUGCCAGUAAGAAGGUGUCCGGCCAUGGCAGAGACCAGGCUCUGAACCUCCUGACCAAGAACGUACCUCGCAAAGACAAAAAAGAGAAAGACAACACCAGGACCCUCUUCACCAUUGAUCACGGUCUGAAGAAGAUCCUCAAAGUGUGUGGUCAGGUUCCUGAACUGCCAGACCAGCUGCCCUUAACAGAGAACACACAGCUGAUUGCCAGCGUGCUCCUCAACAAGCUCUAUGACGACCUCAAAUGUGACCCAGAGAGAAACAACUUCAGGGAUAUAUGCGACGAAUAUAUCAAAUCCAAAAUUGACCCCAACAACAUGGACAAGACCAUUCAUGCAGUCAACACCAUCUCAGGGCUGCUGCAGGGCCCGUUUGAUGUCGGUAACGCUCUGGUUGGACAUCAAGGCAUCAUGGAGAUGAUGGUGGCGCUGUGUGGCUCGGAGCGUGAGGUGGACCAGAUGGUCGCUGUGGAGGCGCUGAUUCAUGCCUCCUCAAAAAUGAGCCGCGCCUCUUUCAUUAUUACCAAUGGUGUGUCACUGCUCAAGGAUAUUUACAAGAAGACCAAGAAUGAGAGAAUUAAAAUACGCUCACUGGUGGGGCUCUGUAAACUGGGUUCAGCUGGAGGUGAUGAUUACAGUAUGAGGCAGUUUGCUGAGGGCUCCACAGAGAAGCUGGCCAAGCAAUGCAGAAAGUGGCUCUGUAAUCCCCAGAUUGAUACCAAAACAAGGAAGUGGGCUAUUGAGGGUCUUGCUUAUCUGACUAAUGAUGCUGAUGUGAAAGAUGACUUUGUUGAGGAUGAGGCUGCCUUGAAAGCCAUGUUUGAACUGGCCAAGUCUAAGGAUAAGACGAUCCUAUAUUCAGUAGCUUGCACCCUGGUUAACUGCACCAACUGCUAUGAGAAGAAGGAAAUCAUCCCAGAGUUGGUUCAGCUGGCAAAGUUCUCAAAGCAACACGUGCCUGAGCAACACCCGAAGGACAAGAAAGACUUUAUAAAGAUGAGAGUGAAAAGGCUGCUGAAGGCUGGUGUCACAUCAGCUCUUGCCGUCAUGGUCAAAGCAGAUAACGCCAUCCUGACCGACCAGACCAAAGAGAUGUUGUCAAGGGUUUUCUUGGCGUUAUCAGAGGAUCCCAAAGAUCGUGGUACCAUUGUAGCCCAAGGUGGGGGAAAGGCUUUGAUACCACUUGCUCUGGAAGGGACAGAUGCUGGAAAGGUGAAGGCAAGCCACGCCCUUGCCAAGAUUGCAGCUAUCUCCAACCCAGAAAUUGCUUUCCCUGGCGAGAGGGUGUACGAGGUGGUGCGGCCUUUGGUUAGCCUCCUUCACACAGACAGAGAUGGGAUGCAGAACUUUGAAGCUCUGAAAGGCCUCACCAACUUGGCCGGUUUCAGUGAAAAACUAAGAGUAAAGAUUGUGAAGGAGAAAGCUCUGCCAGAGAUCGAGAACUACAUGUUUGAGGAGCACGAUCAGAUCCGACAGGCUGCCACUGAAUGCAUGUGCAACCUUGUGACUUGUAAAGAGGUCCAAGAUCGUUACCUUGAAGAUGGCAAUGACAAGAUGAAGCUGCUGGUUCUGCUAUGUGGCGAGGAUGACGACAAUCUCCAGAUAGCUGCAGCUGGAGCUCUGGCCAUGCUCACUGCUGCUCAGAAGAAGCUCUGCACCAAACUCACUCUUGUGACGACCCAGUGGCUCGAGAUCCUGCAGAGGUUAUGUCUUCAUGUCAACCCCAGGAUCCAACACCGUGGCCUUGUGAUUAUCUACAACAUGCUCAACUCAGAUGACAACGAGCUGGCCAAGAAGCUGAUUGAGAGCGAGAUACUGGAAAUCCUCUCAGUGAUCGGCAAGGCCGAGGACAAUCCCAAGAGGCAGGAGCCCAUUGACGCGGCACGCGCAUGCCUGGUCAGAGCUAUGGAUCUGGGUCUCAUCAAACCCUUCACCAGCCCCUCUUAAAAUAACAGCAAUGGACCUUUUUCUUUAUUUCCUCUGUUAAAUAGAGACUUUUUUUUCAAAUGUUUUUUCCACUUCGAAUAUAUUAAAAGGUUACUAAACCUGGCUCCAAAUCUCUAAAGAUAUUCAGUUUUUUUUAAACAAGGGCUGUUUGAAGCUUGAGUUGCCCAUUAUGUGGAAUUUCUCACUAUGAAGCAUCAUUCUCUGUUUGAAAGGAUGAUUUUUUUUCUGUGUGUGCUGAACUGUAACUACGAAUGAACGUUUAAAGACUGAUCAGUUUACAUGUAUUUGUUUAUACCACGUCCCACUGUUUGACCUUUGUGUAGUUAGACAACAAAAAUAAUAAAAACGAAAAAUCUUGAAAUAAUACUGAACUGUUGUAUGAAUGUACAUCAACAGACACAAAAACAAACUAAAAAAGAGAUUGAAACAAACUAAACAGAUGAAACAAGUUGACUGACAUAUUGAUAAAAUCCCAACAAUGCAAUGUGACUCGAAUACACAUUUUAAGAUGCUGACUAUAAAAAAUGAGCACAUAUUUAUACCACAACCAUUAGUAAUGAGACUUGCUUUGUGGUGUGGGCGUUAUAUGUCUCUGUGUGUGUGUGUGUGUUAAAUCUUCUCAAUCUCAGUCAUUAAAAGUAGGCUAAUACAAUUUUUAACACAUUGGUCAUUGUGGAUCAUCUGGGGGAUAAACAGCAAGACAUCCCCGCCCAUGGGAGAGGCGGGCAGGGUGCCGUAGGGUGGCAGAUUUUUAUCAGACACUUGUCAGAUACUCAGAGGAACUGGUGGGACUGGUGAGGCGGUUUCACAGCCUCUAAUCGGGAUCUUUUCAGGUUUCUGACGAUGAAAUGUGUCUCCAACAGGAAGUGUGAGAACAAUAUAUGUGGGCAGCAGUGAAAAGUAACAAGAUUGGGUUUAAUGAUACAGAAAGUCUUGACAGCACUGAUCUCCAACAUGAACACCUGGACCUUCAUCUUUCUGCUGUUUGUUGCUGGACUCUCUCAGUGUCUUCCAGUUACAGCAGGUGGAAACGGAUCUGUGAACAUCUCUUUCUGCAAGAUUCCAGGAUGUGCUGCUAAUGUGACUAAGGUGUUCUGCAACGACAAGCUGCUGUUCAAUAGUGGUGGCAUCAAAAAAUGUACAGGGCCUCCACCACCCCGGUCUGUCUGCCAACAUGAUGGUCGUGCAUUUGUCUCUACUGAUGCAGAUGCUGUCUGUGAAUUUGAAGGGAAAGACGGUUAUAUUGAGACUGGAAAAUGUAAAGACCACAGCAGCACAUGUGGUUUCCCCAGUGAUACCACAUCAUCAACCACUGGAUACAUUGUUGGUGGAGUAGUUAUUGUCUCUGUCUUCUUACUUUCGCUCAGGGCUCAAAUGUUUGUCUUUCAAAUGCUGACAAUCAGGUUUAGCAGUCUUUGUCUUAGUAGGCCUGACUGUAUAUUUCUAUAAAAAGAAAAAAAGAAAAGAGCAAAAUCAACAGUCAGAAAGUGACUCUGGUGUGGCUGAACCUCUGAGAGAGAUGCAAAGCUCUGGUAGAGCCAGUGAAAGAGAUACCUGUGGUGCUCCUGGAUUGGAUGAUGGCAGCUCUCCUCAUCGUGACCAUGGAGCCUGCUUUAGUCGUCUUAAUUUUUGUAAAUAAAUAUAUGAAAUAUGAAACACA